AUUCUCCAAACUUCCUUCUACUUGUUUUAUUCUCUGGCCAGUAAGAUAUAUAUUGCCAUUUACUCCUGGAUUGCUUAUUCUGGGGAUAAAAAUAAAAUAAAAAAUGGAGAAACAAGCAGAGAUAGAACUAAGGCCUGAAGACAGAGGAGAUGAUUAUGAUGCUAUUGUUGUGGGGUCUGGAUAUGGUGGUUCUGUUGCUGCUUGUCGAAUGUCAACGGCGGGAAUAAAGGUUUGUCUGCUAGAGAAAGGCCGGAGAUGGAAAGCAGAGGAUUUCCCAACUGACAGCCGGAAGAUUAUGUCAGCUGUGAGGUAUGAGAACCAGAACUUAGGCCUCAGAUUUGGACCAGAGGAUGCUUUAUUUCAGUUAUAUGAACAGAAUGAUUCUUUAGCAGCAGUGGCUUGUGGACUUGGUGGAGGUUCCCUAGUCAAUGCUGGAGUGAUGCUGCCAACACCAAUUCGUGCUAGAAGGAAUCUAAAAUGGCCAAAGGAAUGGGAAAGAGAUUGGGAUAUUUGUGAAUCUUCUGCGGCAGCAAUGCUGAGAAUUCAAAGCAGUUCAAUCAAAUUUCCUAUAGCAAAAGUCAUGGGAGAAAUAGCUGAAGGAGAGUUUGAAGCAAAUAUUGAGAGUUCUGUAAAGCUAAGUGUGAAUUUUGAUGUUGAAGAACCUCCUUCUAAUCCACCAAGGCUUGAGCAGAUUAAUAGCUGCUUUGCCUGUGGAAAUUGUCUUGCUGGGUGUCCUUACAACGCCAAAAAUUCUACCGAUAAAAACUAUCUUAUCUCAGCAAUACAGGCAUGUUUUCCACUAUUUCUAAUAUUAUUUAGACAAUAAUUUUAUGAUAAACAAUAUGGUGUAAGUAAAUCUUGUGGUCCAACGCGCAUUGCAUAUACGUUCAUCAGAAUUUAUUUUUUGCAGGCAGGAUGCAGUAUAAGGACAAAAUGUCAAGUUCAGUAUGUGAUCAAGAAUCCCCAUGGAAUUUGCCAACCAGGCGGAAUUAGCAGAAAAAGAAGAUGGCGUGUUUAUAUAAAUGAGAUUGAUUACAUAACAUCCGAUUGGGUAAUUCUGUCAGAUGAGAGGAUUGAGGCUUUCGGAUACUCUCGGAUCUGGAUUCAGUUGUAAUGGCAAUACUCUCGCUUAUGUUGCUGGAAGCCCUGCACCCCUGAAUGGUUAUGGACUAAACAGAAAGCAAUUAUCAGAGAUACCUUUCCAAGAUAGGCCAGGGCCAUCUAUCUCUUCAUCUCACACUUCUUCAUUGGGUUUUACAAUCCAGAGUGCUAUACUUCCAAGAGCUUAUCCGUAUCUGUUGUUUGAAGGAAUUACAACUUAUACCUGGCCAACUGGUUACCAAUUCUUUCAUGGGAUUGUCGAUAGGCUGAAACAUUUUAUAGGUCUUGGCUUAAGCCAAUCUAUCAUUCUCAAUGCAAUGGGAUAUGAUGAAAGUAAUGGGAAAAUCAUGUUAGACAAAGACACGGACAAAAUCUGCUUUCAUCCACCCCAGGAUCCUUUACUUCCACGAAAAAUCAUGGCUUUUCAAAAGCUGACCAAAAAACUCGGGGGAAUCCUUUUCAUGUCUAGGUACAGAAGCACAGCAGUUCAUCUUUUAGGUGGUUGCAAUGCAUCAUCAGAUUCUUCAGGUGGGGUAUGCAACCAUAAAGGUCAGGUUUUUGACCCAAAAACUCCUGCUACUGUGCAUGCAGGCCUCUACGUUUGUGAUGCUUCUCUAAUCCCAUGUUCCGUUGGCAUAAAUCCAUCUCUUACUAUUGCAACAGCCGCUGAACAUGCAAGCAGGUACCUUGUGCAGGACAUUCUCGAGUACAAAAGCAAAAUUAGUACUAGUGUUGCAGCUGUUGAUCGGAAUCAACUUUCUGUCACGGGUAAAAAUUUAGAGAAUGACAAUGGAUCAACUGUUCUGAUUAAAGAAACCAUGAGAGGCUAUGUGGGGGGCAUGCCAUGCACAGUUCAUCUAAAAAUGAAAAUGCAGUCACAGAAUGUUAAGAGCUCUGAUAUAUGGAACUGGUUUAUAGGAGAACCUCACCCUCUUUUGAGAGGAAAGGCUGGUGGGUAUGUAGUGUUCAGAGCCAUUGAAAAGGACAGAUUACAUGUCAUAGAUGGGGAAAUGGAUUUGUGUGUGGUGAAUUGCAGAACUCCUUAUACGCAGUAUAUGCGCUAUCGUCUUCUCCUUGCAGCUGCUUCUGGUUCCAGAUAUAUACUUGAGGGAAAGAAGAUAAUGAAUCCUUGCCACUUCGCAUUGUACGCUUGGAGCGAGACAACAACUCUGUAUGUAACAUUUAAUAAAGUUGCUCCGAGUGGCUCAACAGACACCAUGCUGAAUUUGAAAGGAGAGCUUAGAGUUUCCUUCACAGAGCUUCUGAAGUGCUUUAUAACCCUUAAAGGAAACGGGAGAGGAAGAUUCAUACAUCUUCUUAUACAGACACUCAUAAGGACUUACAUCUUACAAAUACCACGAGGGACUCGCGAGAACUUCAUCGUAACAGAUUCAUGCGAUAAGAGUUAUCCAAGCAGCACUAUCGAUGAUAUAAGAACAGCGGAUGGAUAUAUCAUUAGAAGCAGGCACUGGAAAAAUGCUAGAAAUCCAUUGUUGCUUAGCAGAGAAAAAGUACUAAAUCCUAUCCUCCUUCUCAAUGGUUAUUCUACUGAGAGUUACUGGCUACCAACAGAACCACAUGAUUUAGUCAGAACUUUGUUGGAAGAAGGGCAUGAAGUUUGGCUAUUGCAGACUAGAUUGCACCCUCUGAAUCCUGCAAACAACGCUACUAUUGAAGAUAUUGGAAAAUAUGACAUCCCUGCUGCAUUUGGUAAGAUCCUUGAAGUUCACGGGCCCAGCACAAAGAUUCAUGUAGUGGCACACUGUGUUGGAGGCUUGGCCAUUCAUAUAGCUCUCAUGGGAGGGCAUGUCUCUGCGACCCAUAUAGCUUCUCUUUCUUGUACCAAUUCUUCAAUGUUCUUCAGGCUUACGGCAUUGGCCACAAUCAAAAUGUGUCUUCCCCUGGUCCCAAUAUCAAUGGCUAUACUAGGCAAGAAUAAAAUCCUUCCUCUUUUGGGAAAAUCGAAGGGAAGUUCUGGACACAGGCUUUUGAAAUACAUAGCUCUGUAUUUACCACGAUAUGAGAGAUGCACGUGCAAGGAGUGUGAGGUCUUCUCUGGAAUAUUUGGAAAUACAUUCUGGCAUGAAAAUGUAAGCCCCGCCAUGCACCAAUGGUUGAAUAAGCAAAGCUCAACAAAGCUUCCCAUGUCAGCAUUUCCUCACCUGAGAAGAAUAUGCAACUCUGGAUAUAUUGUAGACAGUAAUGGUAACAACUCAUUCUUGAUCCAUCCAGAGAGAAUGGCAAUCUCAACGCUGUAUAUUUCUGGAGGGCGGAGUCUCCUUGUGACCCCAGGAACUUCUUAUCUUGCUAACAAGUACAUGAAGGUGCACCAACCUGGUUUUAGACAUGAAAGGGCGGUGGUGGACGGUUUUGGGCAUUCAGAUUUAUUGAUUGGAGAGAAGUCUCAUGAGAAAGUUUUUCCUCACAUAAUAUCUCAUAUCAGAUUAGCCGAACAAGAAGGAAAUGGUUUGACUCCAAGAAAGAAGGACAGCAAAGAGGCUUUGGACUGGGGUGAUGAUCCUUACAGAGAAUACGGGGACUUCGGUUGUUGGAUUUUCGCGUUGGCUAUUAUUUUCUUCUUCUUGUUAUUACAUGUGUUGUUCUGGUAAUGUUAACGUGAUUUUGAUUCUGUAAGAGGAAAAGAAUGGAGUUUUAGCUAAAUAACAAUAAGGUAUUUUGGAUUCAACCAAAAAAUAAAAAUAAAAUUAAGGGGUUGGAUUUAUUUGGUUCA